CGCUGCCCCGCUCCCCGGACUCUGACUCCGGCUUCCAGAGGCUGCGAAGUUUGCAAACGUGGCGGCCAAAAUUCCAGAAAGACAUUGGAAAUUGAAGCUUUAAGGAGAGAAUGUCAUUUUCAGAUACUCUGACUUAUUUCAAGGAAUGAUGCCAAAAACUUGAAAAGGAGCCAUCCAGAAGAAGCAGGACCCUGGAGGGCUGAGUCCUGACUGCCCUUCUGCCAGGAAGACAUGCAACCAAAGAUGAACUUGGGCAACGUUGCUACUUUAACUAUGGAAAAGCAGGGCCACAGUGAGAUGGAAGCAGUCCCACCAAAUUCUCACUCCUACAUUAAAUUGUUGAAAAUCAACCGCGAACUUCUGGUCACGCACAUCCGGAACACUCGGUGUCUGGUGGACAACUUGCUGGAGAAUGACUACUUCUCGGUGGAAGAUGCCGAGAUUGUGUGUGCCUGCCCCACCCAGCCUGAAAAGGUCCGCAAGAUUCUGGACCUGGUCCAGAGUAAGGGCGAGGAGGUGUCUGAAUUCUUCAUCCACGUGCUCCAGCAACUCACAGACGCCUACGUGGACCUCAGGCCCUGGCUGUCGGAGAUCGGCUUCUCCCCUUCCCAGCUCAUUCAGAGCAAAGCUGUUGUCAACACCGACCCAGUGAGCGGGUACACACAGCAGCUGCGACAGCAGCUGGGCCGCGACUCCCAGUUCACACUGAGCUACAGCCAGAAGGAGGAGCUGCUGCUGGAGGAGACAUACACCGACACCCUCAUGGAGCUGGUCGGCCUGAACGACGAGAGCCUCGGCAGCCUGGACAGCCCGGCCCACCUCCUGGACCCCACCACGGGCGUCCUCAACGAGCAGGGAGAGGUCGUGUUCAUCUUCGGCGAUGCGGGAGUGGGCAAGUCCAUGCUGCUGCAGCGGCUGCAGAACCUCUGGGCCAGCGGCCAGCUGGAAGUGAAGGUCAAGUUCUUCUUCCACUUCCGCUGCCGCAUGUUCAGCUGCUUCAAGGAGAGUGACGCGCUGUGUCUGCAGGACCUGCUCUUCAAGCACUUCUGCUACCCCCAGCAGGACCCUGAGGAGGUGUUCGCCUUCCUGCUGCGCUUCCCGCACAUGGCUCUCUUCUCCUUCGACGGCCUGGAUGAGCUGCACUCCGACUUCGACCUGAGCCGUGAGCCUGACUGCUCAUGCCCCUGGGAGCCCGCCCACCCUCUGGUCCUCCUGGCCAGCCUGCUGAGUGGCAAGCUGCUCAAGGGGGCCGGCAAGCUGCUCACAGCCCGCACAGGCACCGAGGUCCCGCGCCAGCUCCUGCGGAAGAAGGUACUCCUCCGCGGCUUCUCUCCCAGUCACCUGCGGACCUACGCCAGGAGGAUGUUCCCGGAGCGGGUGGUGCAGGACCGCCUGCUGCACCAGCUGGAGGCCAACCCCAACCUCUGCAGCCUCUGCACCGUUCCCCUCUUCUGCUGGAUCAUCUUCCGGUGCUUCCAGCACUUCAAUAGUGCCUUCGAGGGCUCCCUGCAGCUGCCGGACUGCACGGUCACUCUGACCGAUGUCUUCCUGCUGGUCACAGAGGUCCACCUGAACAGGACCCAGCCCAGCAGCCUGGUGCAGCGAAACACGCGCAGCCCGGUGGAGACCUUGCGAGCCGGCCAGGACACCCUGCGCUCCCUGGGGCAGGUGGCCCACCAGGGCAUGGAGAAGAGCCUGUUUGUCUUCAGCCAGGAGGCGGUACAGGCCUCAGAGCUGCAGGAGGGAGGCCUGCAGCUGGGCUUCCUGCGGACGGUGCAGGAGCUGGGCCCCGGAGGUGACCAGCAGUCCUACGAGUUUUUCCACGUCACCCUUCAGGCCUUCUUUGCAGCCUUCUUUCUUGUAGUAGAUGACAAGGUGGGCUCUCAGGGGCUGCUCAGAUUCUUCCAGGAGUGGGCACCACCCGGGGAGGCAGCAACCACAUCUUGCUAUGCCCCCUUCCUCCCUUUCCAGUGCCUGGGGGACAGCGGCCUGGCCAGGGAGGACCCCUUCAGAAACAAGGAUCACUUCCAGUUCACCAACCUUUUCCUGUGCGGGCUGCUGUCCAAAGCUAAACAGAAACUCCUGCGGCACCUCGUGCCCGUGGCCACACUGCGCAGAAAGCGCAAGGCCCUGUGGACACACCUGUUUGCCAGCCUGCGAUCGUACCUGCGGAACCUGCCCCGGGUGCAGUCUGGGGGCUUCAGCCAGGUGCAGGCCAUGCCCACCUUCAUCUGGAUGCUGCGCUGCAUCUACGAGACGCAGAGCCAGAGGGUGGGGCGGCGGGCGGCCGAGGGCAUCUGCGCCAACUACCUCAAGCUGACCUACUGCAACGCCUGCUCGGCUGACUGCAGCGCCCUCUCCUUCGUCCUGCACCACUUGCGCAAGCAGCUGGCCCUCGACCUGGACAACAACAACCUCAAUGACUUCGGCGUGCAGGAGCUGCAGCCCUGCUUCAGCCGCCUCACUGUCAUCAGGCUCAGCGUGAACCAGAUCACAGACAAGGGGGUGAAGGUGCUGUACGAAGAGCUGAGCAAAUACCGAAUCCUGACGUUUCUGGGCUUAUACAGCAACCAGAUCACUGACGUCGGAGCCAGGUACAUCGCCAAACUCCUGGAUGAGUGCAAAGGCCUCACACACCUUAAACUGGGGAAGAACAGCAUAACAAGCGAAGGGGGGAAGUGUCUGGCCCUGGCUGUGAAGAACAGCAAAUCCAUCUUCGAGGUUGGGGGAGACAGCAACGAGCUUCCACCCCUGAUAUCCUGGCGGCUUCAGCGUGGGCACGUUGCGGGAAGCUCCAGGCCUGGCCACGUCAGUUGCACAGACUUUACGUCUCACCCAAAUCAGUAUCAUCGCCACCUCUGGCCGAUGGAGGGGCCUGCGAGCCCUCGGUGGAUGUGGGGCAACCGCAUCGGGGAUGAAGGAGCCAAGGCCUUCGCAGAGGCUCUGAGGAACCACCCCAGCCUGACCAACCUGAGUCUCGCAUACAACGGCAUCUCCACAGAAGGAGGGAAGAGCCUGGCACAGGCCCUGCAGUGGAACGCGUCUCUGCGGAUCUUCUGGCUGACCAAAAAUGAACUUGACGAUGAGGUGGCAGAGAGCUUGGCGGAAAUGUUGAAGGUCAACCAGACGUUGAAGCAUUUAUGGCUUAUCCAGAACCAGAUCACAGCCAAGGGGAUUGCCCAGCUGGCGGAGGGGCUGCAGAAGAACACUGGCAUAAUGGAGAUUUGCCUAAAUGGAAAUUUGAUAAAGCCAGAGGAGGCCAAAGUAUUUGAAGAUGAGAAGCGGAUUGUCUGUUCCUAAGAAGAUCCCUCUCUGGGCUUGGGUCCCCACUGCAGGAGGCUCCUUGGCUGCAGCUGUCUGUGGGAGUGGUCACCUUGAGUUGGAGGCCAGUAAGGGGCUUGCUGAGGUUGGGAGUCACCACGUCCCUGAAGAUGAGCCUCCCUGCAGAUGCUCUGAUCCACAGACUCCCAAGUAGCUGUGAUAAUUAUGCAGACAAAGAGCGCCUUAUGAGCUGUUGUGGUUAUAACUACACUAUGCACAGACCUCCCAGCAUAGCCAUGCUUAGUUUUCUCUGCAGCUAGAGGACUAAGACCGAGAACAAUGGAGGCCAACCUCUGCUCCACACACUAGCACCCCAAGGGCCAGUGGGAGCACGCUGGUCACUGCUGUGUUUGAAGAGUUGAGGACUUGGAACAAAACUGAUGCUGAACUUGUUAGAAAAAAAAGGUGCUCAACGAACAAGGAGUGUUUUACCUGAAAUGUUCUCCUCUUCAGUGUUUCCUCAUGGUUGGUAUUAUUCCAACUUCACAGCUCUACUGACGCAUGCUCAGUACAGGGAUUUGAGUCUUCCAUGGUUUUGUGAGUAGCUGGUGUCAAGAGGAGCACUUAUCACAGGCUUUUCUUUUCUUUCUUUUUUUUUUUUUUUAGUUUUGCUAUAGGGUGCAUGAGCUCACCUGAGAGAGGCGGAGGGGGGGAGUGAGA